AUGAAGGAGGCGCGUGCCAACAUCGAAGAUGCAUCAGGCACGACUAUGGUGUCGGCAGAGGAGGCGGAGGCCAUGGUUUCCGUGGCACGACGCUGCCCACGCUUUGUCGUCAACGCCUUCAAUACGAAGAUUGCUCCCUACUCGCCCAACUACCAACGCGUGGAGCAGGCGACCGCGCGGAGUGAUGAGCUUGCAGUGGCAUUUCUGUUGAAGGCGGUGGUGCGAGAGGAUAGCCUGGCCAAAAUGUCGGACCUCUUUCACACGCGUUUCCCGGGCCUCGUUUGCACUGUUACAGCCGGGGGCGCUGUUCAAGCUAGGAGGACAACAGCUCCGCGACUUGCCGGGACGAUCCGUCUCUUCGGUCCAGACCAGGUGGGUCAGCUUGCCAAAAUCUCUGAGGUCCUGCACGCCUGCGGUAUGACGAUUCUCAAUCUGUAUGUGACCACCGGCUCCUGCGAUGUGGAAACCU